UGCGUAUCAUGCGCAAAACGGAACGCACCUUUGGACUGCUUUUUUCUGCGCCAGCAUGCGUUUUUAACCUAAAAAUCAUGUGUUUUAUGGCAUUUACAUAUGUAUUCGAGUAAUUAUGCCAUACUAUUGUUGUUAAUAUAUAGAUAAAUUAGAAUAAUGCUGAACUUUCUAAUCAGUUUAUAAAUUGUUUACCAUUCUUAUAAAGUGAUAAAUCAUGAAGGAGCUUACAACAAAACAAUUACAACGAUUAGAAAAGAAGAAGGCAAAGAUGGCAGCAUUUUUAGAAAUUGCGAGGCUCAAUGAUAAAGAUAAGGAAGCAAAACUGCAGACUUUAAAGCAGACGGCAAUUGUCACUGAUGGACACAGUCCAACUGAUAGUAAUUUGCUAGAAGACAGCUCUACUCGUAAACGAUCUUGUGAGAAAGAUUUAGAUGAUACAUGUUCAGAGGCAUGCAAGGGAGAAAAUAUUUCUAGUGACACAAAAUUAGAGGAUAAUAAAAAACCGAGAUUAAGCGAUAUAAACCAAUAUGCAAGCUUGAAGGAGGAACUCAGGAGACGUAAGAAGAGGCUUAAAGCAAUUCCAAGACUCACUCUUAAAGCGGUUGGCGAGAAUGCUACUCUGGAUGUUCAAAACGUAGGAAAGAGGAUACCAAUAUUUCUCAGCGAUGUACAACAUCUUCUGUUAUAUUCACUGCUCGGCCAUCAUUCACCCUACUUGCCAGCGAGAUGGUGUCAACUUGAGAAGUAUAACAAAGUAAGCCACACUGUAGUCCUGGUGCUUGAAGGCUUGUCUUCGUAUCAUUACACGGCUUAUGAGAGCAUGUUCCCGCACAUAGUAAAUAACUUAAAGCAUCGUUUAGAGGUAAUAACACCUGCUGUCUACGGAGCAUCCAUAACAGAAGAGCUAGCAGCUGUUCCUUUAACAGGAACUCAAAGUGAUAAAUUAAUUAAACGAUACGGUUCCUUAGAAACUGCUCUGCAAACAAACGGAAAUGUUAUAAAAUUGCUGAGAAGCGUCUUUCCGAUGCACUCGAUAAACGGUGACGAGAAAUUGCCUACGAAGGACAGCUUCGACGGAGAUUUGCCAUCGACUGAUAAAUUUUCUAGAACGAAACUGCUCUUGUCGUUAUGGCAAAUGGUGGAGGAAAACUAUCCUGUACCUCUAAGAGGAACGUUAGCAGAAAGAUACGGUUCGUAUAUAUUAACAAAAGAUGUUUAUAAAGAGGCCACGUCAACAUCGCCGAUGUUCGGUUUAGAUUGCGAAAUGUGCCUGACAACAAGCGGCAAUUUGGAACUCACUAGAAUAAGUGUUGUUGACGAGAGCAUGAAGGUCAUUUAUGACAGUUUGGUGAAACCGGAGAACGCAAUAACAAAUUAUCUGACUCGGUACAGCGGCAUUACUGAGGAUAUGUUGGACGACGUCACGGUAACGUUGCACGACGUUCAACAGACGCUGAGAACGUUACUUCCUGCGGAUGCGAUUCUUGUAGGACAAAGCCUGAAUUCAGAUUUGCACACGUUAAAAAUGAUGCAUCCCUACAUCAUCGAUACCUCCGUAAUAUUCAAUCUUACUGGAGAUAGAUAUAGGAAAACGAAACUGCAGAUUUUGGCACGUGAAUUCCUCGGGGAACGCAUUCAAGACAGUAAAGCCGGACACUGCUCGGCCGAGGACUCGAAGGCUUCCAUGAAAUUAGUAAAGUUGAAAUUAGCGAACAGCGUGGAUUACGGAGACGCCGUGCUGCUCGGCGAUCGCAGCAUGAGAGUCUUGAAAAUGGAAACUGGCAACGAGAGAACGAAGCGAACAUUGCAAAGUACAGAAAUAAAGAAAUACGCCACAUCGAUAUUUAGUCACAUAACGAAAAAUAAAGGUGCCACCGCCGCUAUCGUGGGCGAUGAUGAGGUGAUGUCCGAAUAUUCCAAAUAUUUAACGAACUCGUCUCUCAAUGUCAUGGACGACGAAAGUUUUGCGAAGGAUGAUCAAGUACGUCUUGUGAUAGCAGACAACGAUAAACACGCCGUAGAUCGGACUUCGGAAAUCGUGAUGGAGCAUGAUUUUGUACUGUGCCAUGUGAAACUCAGGGAAGAACAACUGAAAGACGAACAGCUAGAAGAAACAUUUCGUACUGUGAAUGAAUGGAUUUAUAAAAUUUGGCAAUAUAGCGCGAUAAAUAGUCUCGCAUGCGUGAUAUUCAGUGGGCAAAAUAAUACUGCGAAUGGUUCAUGUUUCUUGAAUAUCAAGACAGAGGUGUCGCCAGACAUUGUUUUACGAGCUUGAAAGAAUUUUGAAAUUACCGAAUCAUCUUGUGAAUUAUAUAUGAAGGAAAUAAACUAAUUUUGUUAAUAUUGGAUACAGCAUCUGAAAGAAACCACGGCUGUAAUAGUUUAAAUAAAUAACAUACUUGUACAAAUAA